AUGUUGACAUUGAAAGCAUUCGCCGGCGUAACGCGCUCCACCAGUCCGCUGCUCGCUAGAACGGCGCGCCGCGCACUCACCACCACCCCCACGCUCCGCUCAGGCGGCUUCAACCGACCAGGCCCACCCCCGCUCCCACCACAGGACCAAAAGGAGUUCGAAACCCUCGUCAAGCAGAAACAGAACGCGUCACCAUUCCUUUCGGCGGACCCGGAGAAGGGCGACAUGCACCCGGACGCGCGCAGGAAGCCAAAACCCGAAUUCGAGGGCGAGAGCAACCCGAACACAGGCGAGAUCGGCGGUCCCAAAAACGACCCGCUCAAGUACGAGAAGGAAUGGACGUACGGCGGGCGUGCUACCGACUUCUAG